CGUUGUUGCUGCGGGGCGGCGCUGGCAGCGCGCUCGGAGAGUCUCCUUGGGGCCGUCCCCGGGCCGGGCCGAGAUGGGCGCCGGCGGCAGCACCCGGCGGGUCACCUUCGAGGCGGACGAGAAUGAGAAUAUCACCGUGGUCAAGGGCGUCAGGCUCUCCGACAGCCUCAUCGAUCGGAUGAAGGAACCCUCCUCACCCUCUGGGAGAUCCCCCCGCUCCUCAGGUGCAGUUAAUAAUGAAGAGCUGAAGAAAAGAAUAGCUGAAGAACUGGCCUUAGAACGAGCCAGGAGAGACUCUGAAGCUCAAAAGAGGAGAUUGAAACAAGAGCAGAUGUUCGUUCGGGAUGAGUUUGGGAAGCUCCUGGAGCGAGAGAGGAUCUCCUCAAACGAGCACCUGACCCGAGCCAUCCUCCGCGAGCGGGCGGCCACCGAGGAGGAGCGGCAGAAGGCCCAGCGCUUUGAUAUAGAAGUGAAGGCCAGGCAGCUGGAAGAGAAGGACAGGGAGCUGAAGAAACACGAUGCCUACUACAAAGAGCAGCUGGCUCGACUCGAGGAGAGGAGUGCCCAGUUCUACAAAGUCACCACAGAGCAAUACCAAAAAGCUGCUGAUGAAGUGUCAGCUCGGUUCAAGAGAUACGAGUCUCACCCCGUCUGUGCUGACCUGCAGGAUAAAAUCCUCCAGUGUUACCGACAACACGCUCACGAGACCCUGAGCUGCUCUGCCCUGGCCAACCAGUACCUGCGCUGUGUCAACCACGCCAAACAGCAGAGCAUGCUCGGGAGAGGAGGAUAAAGGCACUGUCCAAACCAAGCACAAGACCAUCAACUAAUUUCAGCAGAAGAGCUUCUUUUUUUUUUUUUUUUCACCCCAAGAAUGAUAUGACAGCCCGUUUGCAGGGCACACCAGUAAAGGGAAGAACUGGAAGAGCCAUUUGAAGAGCAGGAGCCAUCAGGGCUCAAUCACCCUGACCAUUUGAAAAACCAAGACCUGGAUCUUAUUACAUCCGAAAUCGCGCGUCCGAAGAUGCCGUUCCCUCUUAGCAAAGCCCACUUAUUGGUGAUUGAAGGAAGGGAGAAGAAAAGAACCUUUCACUGGCCUUAGAAAGGGGAAAUAUCCUUCAAGUGCUGCUGUUUCAUUGUGGAAUCUCCUCCAACACGUCUCGCUGGCAAGGGCAGGGGUUUGUAACUCUUGGGGCGCCGGGACGUGGUGGUUCUUCGUGAGCGACUCGGGGCUUUCCUUGCAGUGUGUGAUUGUAAAUUGUGCUUUAAAUUAUUUCACAAAUUAUGUAACUUAAUGAAGCCUCUCUCUCCAGGCCUUCUGCUGGAAUGGUGUUAAUGAUCCGGCGCUUCAGGUGUGACAAUGGCCUUUAUUUACGGGAGGUGGUUCUGUCGUGCUCCUCACUCGUAUCGAGAGCUGACGAACAUGCCUCGCUCUGUACCAACAAUAAAUCUAUUUUAUGCACAAGA